AAGUGGUUUGGUAACGCAAGGUGCACAAAAUUAUUAUAUUAUGUGUUGUGGUUGAGAUCGAGUGGAACCUAAGAUAUAUUGACAGUUCUGCAAAUAACAGUUUUAGAAAAACAGUGAAAUAUGUCCGAAAAGCUUGAAAGCUCUGAAAGUGGGGAAGCAGAGCCUUCUUCGCCUUUGAGUUCCUCUUCUGGGCUGGGGAGUACAGAGCUGUCUGAGGAGCCAAUCGCUCCUAAACCACCUCGACGCAGGUCUUGGAUAAAAUUUGAAGAUGAGAAAAGUGGGGUUGCAACUAUUGAGCCAUCACACUCGGUUCAAGUUAGCAGCCACUCUCAUCCAUUAGCAGAAGAUGCACUUUCUAACCAAGAGGCAGUUGGUGACAACAAAGAAGGCGUUGCUUCUUUCGAAAGUCGUCGAUCGGCCUCUCCUAUAUUAAAUCAAGGCUCUUAUAUCUUGUCCAAACCUCCGCUCUCAGCUACGAAGAGCUCUCCAGCAUUGUCAGUGUUAUCACCUCAGAAGCCAACGAUUCCAAAGUCGUCCAGCAGCAGCCCCACAAAUAAUAACUUCUCCAAUCAAAAGGCUGCUCAGGAUUUCCGUAAUGACUUGCAGUCAGUGCCACUAAGUGAUCACAGUAAUCAGACUUCACCACAGAGACUUGGUCGUAGUAUUCAACAGGGUUUCAAUAACGGUGAUAUUGUUGUCACGUUAUUACCCGUGAAUCAGAAGUGCCCCUGGAUCACAAAGGCAGAGUUCAAGCCAGAAUUGGUACCAGAAGAGCUUAUGGCUCAGGGUCUUACAUUGACAGUAGAAGAUUAUGUGAUGGCUCUGCAAGUCUUAGUCAACGAUGUACGUUUCAACUUGUACAUCACGUGCUACAAGCGUGUUUUGUUGGUGUGGAUAAUACUAGGUUUUGUCAUAUUACUCUCACUUCUGUUCUCUGGCGUCCGAGGCCUUGCUCUGUUUGGUGGAGGAAUCGUUUGGCUGAUUGUAAAUGCUAUUGGAAUUUUUAUUUGCAUGUGGGUGAAAGUAAAGAAGUAUGCCGAGAAACUGCUUGUGAGAUACAGCCAAAGAUGGGUUAAAGAGUUUGUUCGAAAGAGACUGGACCUAAAUAUGCCUUUGCAUGGGGAUAUAGAAGACAGAACAUCACCUUGUCCUCCUCGACACUGCACCACAGCUCGUUGCCCAUGUCAGUACGUUGAAGAGCAUCUUCGAUUCAAGCCUCGCAGCAAAUGCAGCAUUAAAGAGUUGUUUAUUUAG